AUGAAUACAGAGAACAUUUUAAGAAAUUAUGUGCAAGCUGCCCCCAUCAUCAAAUCAGCGAGCAGCUACACUGAUAGGAGCAUAAUUGAUGCUGCUAGUGGAGGAGCUUUAGUAGAUAAAACUCCCAAGGCCGUGAGAAAUCUGAUUGCAAAUAUGGUGGCCAACUCUCAACAGUUUGGCUAUAGGCUUAACCCUCCAUCAAAGUAUGCUAAUGAGGUAAAUAUCUCUUCCCUUGAACAACAAAUUGCGAGUCUGACCUCUCUUGUCCGUCAAAUGGCCGUAGGUAACAUGAAAAUGGUGAAGGCUUGUGGGAUAUGUUCGGUAGUAGGGAAUCCAACCGAUAUGUGCCCAACUCUUCAAGAGGAGCCCGUUGAGCAAGUAAAUGUAGCGGGUGGUUUUCCGGGGCAACCACAGAGGAAGUAUGAUUCCUACUCGAGCACAUACAAUCUGGGAUGGAGGGAUCAGCCCAAUCUCAGCUAUGGGAACCCGCAAAAUCACCCAAUUUUCCAGCAAUAUCAGCCAUACCCCCAAAACAACAGCCAGGCCAAACUUCUAAUUCAGAUGGCAACCGCAAUUAGUCGGUUAGAGGCACAAAGUUCGGGGAAAUUACCCUCUCAAACGGUUGUGAAUCCAAGAGAAAAUGUAAGUGCAAUCAUUUUGAGAAGUGGUAAAGAGGUUGAAACUCCAGCAAGGGCAGCCCUCGCAUUGUCGAAUCAAGAAAAGGAGAAAGACAUCACUCCCAAUGAUGAUGAAGUAAACAUUCCACUCUUAGAUUCUAUUAAACAAGUACUUCAUUAUGCUAAAUUCCUGAAAGAAUUAUGUACACAUGAGAGGAAACAUAAACUAAAAGGAUGUAAAAAGGUGAGAGUAGGGGAGAAUGUUUCUGCAGUCAUUCAAAGAAAACUCCCUACAAAGUGCAAAGAUCCAGGUAUGUUCACUAUCCCUUGCAUGAUAGRUAACACUAGAAUUGAGAAKGCCAUGYUAGACUUARGAGCUUCUAUCAAUGUCAUGCCAUAUUCUAUAUAUGCUUCUUCGAAACUUGGACCUUUGAAUAAGACUGGUGUAGUGAUUCAAUUGGCUGAUAGAUUUAAUGCCUAUCCUAAGGGUGUAGUUGAGGAUGUUCUUGUGAAAGUAAAUGAUUUGGUUUUUCCUACUGAUUUUUAUGUGCUUGAUAUGGAUAAUGGUGAUCAAACCACUCCUAUUUUGCUAGGAAGGCCAUUUUUAAAAACAUGCAAGACUAAGAUAGAUGUUUAUAGUGACACACUCACCAUGGAAUUUGAUGGUAAGAUUGCUAAGUUUAAUAUUUAUGAUGCCAUGAAAUAUCCUGCUGAUGAUAAUCCUGUUUAUUUUGUUGAUGAGAUUGAUUAUUUAGCACAAGAAGUUUUUGAACUUGAUGGGAAUGAUGGAUUAUAA